CACAAGCACUGGGAUGAAUAUUUCUGUCGACAUCAACGACCUCAUCGAUAUCCAAUGUCCACAAACAACAAAUACAACAGAGGGAAGAUUAAAAGCGCAAUACCUCAAAUUCAUGCAAGUCUCUUACCAAGGUUACGAGCAGUGUUCGUUAUCAGCGAGAAACCGCCAUCUAUUGUCCUGCAAUCGUCCUUUCGUCCAAAAUAGACUGACGUUACUGUUUCAAGAACAUACGCCGUACCCCCGAGGUCCAACGUUUAAUCACGAUGAGGAAUAUUAUUUUAUCACAACUUCAAAUGGCACAGAAAAUGGCAUUGAUAAUACAAGUGGGGGUUUAUGUGCAACACACAACAUGAAGUUAAGAGUUUAUGUCAAACCUAAACCAACAGUUCCAGCCACCACCGGUACUCCUACGUCUUCGACAAUUCGCUCAAACUCAACACCACCCGACACGUCACGACCUGUCACAAGUGCGACAACAAGAACAACAACGAGGGAAACAACGACCCUGAGGACCACCACUACAAAAGCAACAACAACAAGAAAAACAACACAGUAUACAACUGGUGGCCAGUCCUCCACGACACCAGAAACAAACGAUAUUGGAGACAACAUGACGCGAGGAAGAGCAGACAGGAGGCACGUUUCAACGACCCUUCUGUUAGUUUCGUUGCUUGUUGCAGUCGUCAGAUGGCUUCAUCCGUGACCUUUGACCUCUUUUGAAUGUUUUUUUUUCUAAUUUAAAAGAUAAUGUAGUGUGUACUUUGUGCCUGUAGAAGAAAGGGAGGAUUGUCGGAACAUAGACGGCGAUUAAGCCGUCCCUUGAUCGGAGGUGCAUUCCACGUUAAACCAUUGGCUACCGGGUUUGGUCAUUCCCAUUGGCUUUUCCCAUGGGCUAUCUGUUUCCUGUAUGCAGUAGAUUAAAUGAGGGGAUGCGUUGUAUACCACGUGCACCUGGGAAUUUAAGUUUGAUUUUAAAGUCAGAGAUAACUCCCCCAGGUCUUACAAAUUUUGAUCCAUUACCCCUGGCACAAACCAUCUCAAAGCCAUAUGGAAAAAUGUCAAAUUUAUCAUUUAAUGCUGAGCAUUCAUUUAUUUAUUUUUCUGCGAGCCACAAAAAUAAAUCCUCUCCUCGUUUCCAGUUGCCAUUACCACUGGUGCAUAGUUUUGUAUAUUACAUGUUGGGGGUGCAUUGAAGCACAGCCAUCACCCAACUGUGUAUCAGUAUCAGGCAAUAAUAGUAACUAUACACUAAUUUUCAACAAUAGGGGGCACUCUUAAAAAAAAUCCACCAACGAUUGAACUUGCCACUCAAAUGAUCAAACACCAGUCUACAAUUUGGGGUGAAAUAAUUAUUUAUUCUGUUUAAUUACAAUUUAGAGGAAUUUAUUACUGCUUAUGCACAAAGGUUUUACAAAUAUUUAUAUUUGAUGAUUUGUUCAAGGGGAUUAUGGGUAAUCUAGUGCAUAUCAAUACAAUAGGCACUGUCUAAUGAUAACCUGCAGUUCUUGUAUCGCGCAUAUCAUGUUGUAAUCUAACUUCUCUAUGCGCUUCCAAAUAGACUUGGAUAUUAUUACCUUGGCUUUUACCCAGCAAGCCCUUUCAAGCACACAAGCAUUUCAAGGAAUCAAUUCCUACCAGGUACCCAUUUACCUCACCUGGGUCAAGUGCAGCACAAAAUGGAGGAGCAAUUUGUUGCUGAAGCAAAUAAUGCCACAGCUGGAAUUUGAACCCACAACUCACCCAUGAAAUUACUUUCAUCAAGUUGUGAAUUUUUCCCCUUGAUUUGAUUUGGAAUGCACCUCCCAUGAAUAACUCCAUGUACAUAGCAACAGAAAUAGCAUGAGAAAUGUGACUAUGAAAUUGGAGGGAACGUUUGUACUUAAAAAAGAUAUAGCAAAGAAAGAGGUUUAAAUACUUAGUACUAUUAACAUAUUAAAUGGCACUAUGAAUUCUCGAAAAAUAGUUUAAUUGGUUCUGCAAUUGUUAUUUCUGUGAAAUCUACUCUCUUACAUACCGAGAAUGGAAUAGCUCCUUUCCAGGGGCUGCGAAAUGGGGAGGGUGGGGGGGUUCAACCCCACUUUUUUUCCAAAACUGUGUAUAAAACCAUAAAAAUGACCACCUGAUUGUGAUUUUUGCAUGAUCAGCCCCCCCCAAACUUUCCAAACCGUUCCGCGGCCCCUGCUUUCUCGUAUGUUAAUUCACUAACAAUAUCGAGGUGAAAUUGCAAAUUGCAGACCUUUUUAACGUUAGAGAAUCUGAAGGAUUUAUUGAGAAAGCCUUAUUUGCAGAGGAAUCAAAAUCAUUUUGACAAUAUUUGUCCAAAAUGAGAGAGUUCUCCUUCUCUAAGAAGUUGUAUUUGUACUUUAAAAAAAAAGAAAUAAUCUUUUAUACUUGAAUAUGUCUCCUUCCCGAAAAAGCUGCAAUUUUUUUCGAGGAUAAUUAUACGAGAAUAAGAUAUUUGGAGAGGAGAGUGUGUAUGAGAGAGAGGGAGAGAGAGAGAGAGGAGAGAAAAUAAAUCUGAAUGUUAAUUGCUCAUUAUACUAUUUGAUCAACUUGCAUUUGUAAACUUUGAAGAAAAUAAUAUUUUGGAUGACUAUUUUGUACAGUUGUACAUAAGAAUAUAUUAUUGCACUCGUGUUAUGUAAAAACUUGAUGCUAUAAAAUGGACUUUUUUUCAUAUGAUAAUUACAUUAUACAUCUCUUGUUAAGAAAACUACUGUUUGUGUUUUUUUUCUCUAAAUUUUAUUUAUAUAUGCCAAACUUUGUGUAUCUUAUUGCUUUAAAUUUCUUUUGCGUAUGUGUUUUUUUUUGUUCAUUUUAGAAGCAUUGUGAAAUUGCAAUGUAGUAUAUAAUAUUCAAUUUGAAAUGAAGGGAGAUUGAUUGUGUUGUCGGUUACAUUCACAGACUAGUGUUAUAAGCUACUGAAAUGGUUGCAUCUGAUUGGCCGAGAGCAAAUUUGUAAGUGAAAUUCACCGACAAGAAGUUUCAUGAAACACUCCCCAGAAAUUGUGCUUCCAAAGCGUUUUUUAUCUUACCUUCCCAAAUAAUGGUAGAGUCCAUAUUGACAUGGUGUGAAUGCACAUUUAGGAGAGUCCACUUAGCUUGAUAGGGGUAUCACUUGAAUUUAGAACAGAGGGGUGUGCAGCACAAAUCAAAUAAAUUUCUUUUUGCCAUGCACUGCUCUUUUUGUAUUAAAAUUAUGAAUUUCAUUAAAAUAAAAGAAAAUCCAACAUUGCUUCCUAUGUUUUCUAUUUAUGACAAUAAUAUAGUAAAAUUUUGAAAUGUGGUCUUGUGAUUAUAUCAAAAGGGGACCAAUAACCUAAAAAAGAUAUUGUUUUCCUCCAAAUAUUUCACUUCAUGUUUCAAUGAUUUAUAUUCAAAUUGUCACCUAAGUAGAGCAUCUGAAUAUUCUUUUACUAAAAAUAUAUCUUCUUUAAUGUUUCUAUCGUGUAUGGAUGAAACAAGAUCUAUUUAUAAGAGUAUUGGUUUAUGAUGAAUACAGUAGAGUAGACUUAAAUGAGACAUUGCCUGUAACAAUUAUGAUAUAUUUAUUUAUACCUUGAACAAGUUGUAUUCUGAACUGCACCUGUAUUCUUAUAUAUGGGACUGUUACAAUGAACAUUGUCUCCUUAUUUAAAGGUUAAUUCCUAAUUGACUGUCCAUAAAGAAAAUAGAUAUUUAAACCUUGGAUGAAAGUAUCAUAAUACUGAACUUGGUGAUUGGGUUAUAUUUUAAAAUUUGAUUUAGGUGAUAGGAUGUUGAGGGAUGUUGUGUUAUCAAUUUCAUUCAUGAGGUAAAACAUUUUGAUGAUAUAAAGGUCACAUGAUGUGGUCACAUGACAUCAUUAUGGUCACCUGAUAAAGUGUCUGAUUACAUUCAAUCUAACGAAUAGCGACACUGCUGUCAAACUCUAGCCGCUGCUUGAACAGAUUCAGGGUAAACCUCAUGCAAACUUGUUAAUUCUAAAGUGAUAGCUAUGAAAGAUUUAACCAAACCCACCCGUCAAUUCAUGUUGAACAUUUUUUUUUCUGAUUUUUUUUUUUUACUUCGAGACGAUGAUGUACCACCAACUUGAUUUCUUGACUUUUUCAUUUCAAUUUUAUUAUUUGUCUUGGAAUUAUCUUAUGAUUUUCAAUUAUUUGCAAUGACAAACCACCAAUUUCUUUUCUUGAUUUUCUGUUUGUAUGUUAUCUUUUCAAAUCUGUGAUUGGGCAUUCAGUCUGAUAUUGGUUCCAAUGCAAUGAUAGUAAAAUUGCCUUAGCAUUUAAGUAAUCAUGAAGCAUUAAAUAGAAAUUGAUUAUAGUAAUAAAAGUGAUAAAUGUUAUCUUAGACAAAAAUCAUGAUUAUUCCAUUCCAUAUCAACUUACCAAAAUAAAAAAUAUAUAUCAAUAAUGGUU